AUGCCGGCCGCGACCAUGUUUUCCAAGUUCAAAAGUGCCACCACCAGUGCGCCACCUCAAAACUCUUACGACAACAAUCCGAUCACGCAGUACUUUGAAGUUGGAAAACUGGUUGCCUGCGCCGGCCCGGAACUGAUUUGGAAAAUUCACGAAGGCUACAGGAAAACGGAUGGCAAGGAAUGUUCUAUUUUUGUGUUCGAGAAACGGACGGCCGAAAAGCUCCAUAAACCAAAACGGAAGGAGACGGUUACAGAAAUUUUGCGAGCAUCUGUAAAGCAGCUGGAACGAUUUCGGCAUCCCAAGAUCUUGCAGAUCAUGCAUACGGUGGAGGAAAGUUCGGAAACCCUCUCGUUCGCUACCGAACCCGUCAUAGCCAGCUUAGCCAACAUACUGGCCUACCAGGAAGCAGGCGGAACAAUUACGGGACCACCGACUACGGGAGCAUCCGGACAGCACUGCCCAAACACUAUCGCCCCGAAUCGACCAGCCCACGCGAAAGAGUACACGUUCCUGGACAUUGAGCUGAAGUACGGAAUCCUACAGAUAACCGAAGCAUUAUCGUUCCUGCACUACUCCGGACAAGUGAUACACAAAAAUGUCUGCCCAUCAUCGAUCCUGAUCACGAAGAAGGGCACCUGGAAGUUGGCCGGAUUCGAGUUCACUGAGCGCACCAACGAAACCGAUGCAACCGAUCCCGUACCGUGCCAACCUUGGUCAACCAGAGCCUCCAAGCUGGUGCAACCGAAUCUAGACUACAUGGCUCCCGAAAUCCAGAUCAACAGUAGCUGCAGCAUACUGAGCGAUAUGUUCUCGCUCGGGAUGGUUAUUUGUGCCAUAUUCAACCACGGCCGCUCGCUGAUUCAGUCGAGCAACUCAACCUCGACCUACCUGAAGCAGAUGGAACUGCUAGAUGAGGCCGUACACAAUAUCCUUCCAAGGAUACCGAUCCCGCUGCAGGAGGCAACCACAAGGCUAUUGAAGAAAUCGCCCGGAGCUCGCCCGACCGCUCAGCUACUAACGCUCAUCAAGUACUUCAGCGAUCCUGCCGUCCAGGCGCUACAAUUUCUCGAUGUCAUCAACAUGAAGGAUCCGACGCAGAAAACGCACUAUUACCGCAGCACCCUCAGAGAAGUGUUACCGUUCAUACCGCGGAAACUCUGGUGGCAACAUAUCUGGCCUAAUCUGCAGCAGGAAAUGCGUGCUGAUGAAGUGCUAGCCGCAGUGUUGCAGCCCGCCCUAACCCUAGUCCAAGAAUCUUCAAACUCGGAAUAUGAAGCAAUCAUUUUACCUACCUUUAAGACUGUUUUUGUAGCUCCAAAAUCUAUACAAGCAACCGUAGCGUUAUUAGAGAACUUACACAUUAUUCUAGAGAAAACACCACGGGAUGAUAUACGGACGGAGGUUUUACCCUUACUGUUCAACGCGUUGGAAAGCACAACGAUACAGGUUCAGAGUGCGGCCCUGGUGGCGGUAACCAAUGUGUACGACUAUCUGGACGACAUCACGAUCAAGAAGCUGGUGCUGCCGAAGCUAAAGUCGGUGUUCGAGAAGAACCAGAGUGAUCUGAAAAUCAUGGGGAACGUGCUACAGUGCGUCGAACGUACGCUGGAUAAGCUGGAUAAGUCUCAGAUAAUCGAUGAGGUGCUGCCGCUGCUGCUCGAAGUACGACUCACCGAUCCGGACAUCGUGGUGCGCGUCGUCAACAUCUACCGGAUCAUGCUGUGUGACAAAAAGUAUGGCUUAACGGUUAACAUCAUGGCGACGAAGGUGAUGCCCACGCUGCUACCGCAAACAGUGAAUCCGUCGUUAAAUCUCGAACAGUUUAUGAUCCUUCUGGAGGUGCUUCAAGAAAUGCUGGACCAAAUAGAUAGACAACAACGUAACAAAUUGAAGCUGGACAAUCUAUCGCUCCCGUCGCCGGACCGGCACCGGCCACUACGGCAUCAGUUCUCGUCCGACAAUAUGAACGCCCAGCAAUUCAACAUACCGAACCUACGCAUCGAUCAGCGCAAAACGUCGAGCGCUGAGGAUAUGGCACGCAAGAACUCGACAGGAUCGGGUGCUCUAGGUAGCUGGUGGUUCGGCGGAUCGCCGUCCUCGCCGGACAGUAACUUCCUGCGUGUGGUAAACGCUUUCCCCAACCGCCGACUGUCCGACAAUACGCUCAUGACGCCGAAAAUACGCAUCGCGCCCUCUUGUGCUUCGUCUCCGGGUGGAACCCCGGGCGGAGGGCUACCGAUACGACGACACUCGAGCAUUGGUCCGCAGGAACGACGUGGCUCCAACAUCAAUCUGUCACCACCGACUCAGGCUUUCAGCGCUCGAGGAGGCUCCGGGUCGAGCCUUUCUGUGCCUUCCUCAUCCGCUUACGUAGGAGGCUCGAUGCCGAACACUUCGAGCAGUGUUCCGUUCCUACUGUCGUCGAGCAUGCAAUCGAUCCGGAGCCGUCGUACCUCGACCGUGCUCUCGUCCGGACCGCUCGGUUCCGGUUCCGGUCUGCUCCAACAGCUCGGUUCCGGCAUGCGACAGCUGUACGCAUUAAUGACCAAAGAUAGAUUCACGCUCAGCAGUAAUAGUAGUGCACAGCAGGCACCACCCAAACCGCACGCACCUCUGUCAGCAUCCGCUACCGCUCUCAACACUGCAUCCGUUACAUCUGGUUGCUCGGCUAACGUCACCGUCGGCACCAUUAAACUUACCAGCGGUGGGAUCGCAACCAUUACCAAUGCAAGCAUUACUUCCGGUACACCCAACAUUACCACACCGCUAGUAGGUUCGUGCGGUCGCCACGGCUCUACAACGUCAUUGACCAUCGCCAGCCAACUCUCCAAAUGUUCGUCCCAGGGCAGCACGAUCGGUACCAUUUCCACGGGGACGAGAAGCCGUUCAGCCAGUACCACAUUGGGUGCGCCGACGUCCGUUACCUCCUUUUCGACCUCCCUUUCAAAUCGUAUCACUGCACAAGUUCCUCCACCGACGACAUUGCCAAUCGGAAGUAUGGCCGCAAAGUCACCAACCUUUGGAACUAGUGCACAUCGUUAG